AUGGCAAGCGAAGAUAUCGAAGAAAUCGUGAUAGAUUCUGACGAAGAAGUGGCAACGAAAGAGAAACCAUCUACAAGCAAGAACAAAAACGACGUUAUUAGAUCGACAGGCAAAGUUAAGAACGAAGUUGUCAGCAUUGAGGAAACCGACGCUUCAACAUCUACUGCGAAUUCUACUAGCACCGAAGCUAUGAAAGCCCAGAAGAUUGCAGCGAAUGAUGGUGUGAAAAUAAUGAAGAUAGCCGAUUUGGAAGUUGAACGUGAUAGAGUGUUAAAAGAAGUUUUUGGUCAUAAGAAAUUCAAAAGUUCGCUUCAGAAAAAGGCUACAAAUUGUAUACUUUUGAGGAAAGCUGACGUGUACGUCUCAUUGCCUACCGGAGCAGGAAAAUCUUUGUGUUACCAGCUUCCUGCGGUUGUUCAUGCGGGCGUGACCGUCGUUGUUUCUCCUCUUAUAGCCUUGAUAACGGAUCAGAUUGCGGCUUUGAAGGAGAAGGGUAUUCCCAGCGAGUCGCUUAAUUCAAAAUUGAGUGCACCGGAGAGAACUCGAAUAAUAGAGGAUCUACGCAAUAACAAGCCUACUCUGAAACUGCUCUAUAUAACACCGGAAGCGGCGGCUACCGACAACAUGCGAAGGUGCGCGUUUAUUUACCGUUUACUCACCUUGGGAAAGUUAUGUUUAUCUCAGUCAUUUAUUCUUGAAGAUGUAUUUUGCUUUUCGCACUUCAUCUCAAUCGAAACCGUGUUUAUUGAGACGUUCAAGUUGUUUACAGCAGUAAGCUGA